CGCAGUCAGAGCCGCUACAGUGGCCGGACAAGGCGCACCAUAAUGGGAUCUAACUUCAUCUCACUGUCGCUAACGUUUGUUUUUCUAGUGCAGAGCUUGUGUUUGUUGCCUCACGUGAAGCACUAUGAGAUCGUCAAACCACAGAAACUCCAGCUCAGAACAAAGAGAAGUCUAUCCGACACACAGGUUUAUCCAGAUAUAGUACAAUAUCAACUAGCAAUUGAAGGACAAAAUCACACAAUACUCUUGGAGAAAAACAGGAAUCUUAUUGGAAGAGACUUCACAGAAACGCGUUAUACCAAAGAUGGAAAACGGGUGACGACUUCCACACAUGAGGAGCACUGUUAUUAUCACGGUUGGAUUGAGGGGAUGUCAGACUCCUCGGUGAGUGUGGGGAUAUGCUCAGGGAUAAGUGGUUUUGUGAGAGCGCAGCAGCGAUUGUAUCUGAUUGAGCCGUUGGGGGAGUCGGAUGAGAGCGAUCACGCUGUUUACCGACACAGAGACUCACAGGGACCCUCUAACAGCAGCACAACCCUGUUUGAUGUAGACCAGGACCCAGGACCGAGACUGGCCGGACUCUUCAGGUCCAAAUCCUGGAAAUCGAAGCCAACUGCAGAACCAGAGCGCUUUGUUGAGCUGUUUGUGGUUGUUGAUAAAGCUGAGUACCUUCGAUAUGGCAGCCAAACCAAGUCUCGCAUUCUCAACGUUGUGAAUCACAUUGACAAGGUUUAUCGAUCUAUAAACACAUGCAUCGUGCUCGUGGGGCUGGAGAUUUGGACCACUGAAAAUUUGAUGGAUGUCGACAUGAGUUCUGAAAUUACUCUGGACCAUUUCCUUAUUUGGCGACAAACAGAUCUGCUAAAGAGGGUGAAGCACGACAAUGCACAGUUUGUGACAGGCAUAGACUUUGAAGGUGAUACUGUCGGACUGGCUAAUAAGUUUGCCAUGUGCACAGAAAACUCGGGAGGUGUGAAUCAGGAUCACCACAGAGACCUCAUUGGUCUGGCCUCCACCAUUGCUCAUGAGAUGGGGCAUAACUUUGGUCUGUCCCACGAUGGUCCUGGCUGUGUGUGUGGUCCUUCUCUGAGCACCAACUGUGUGAUGACAGACAAGCUCAGGACAGGAAGUCAGUCGUUCCCUGAGUUGUUCAGCAGCUGCAGUGAGGGUCAGCUGGCUGAGUUUUUGGCCCGAGCGCGCCCCAACUGCUUACACAAACCAUCCCUCUCUCGCAGCAUAGAGACGGGCCCACGCUGCGGAAACGCCCUGGUGGACCCUGGGGAGGAGUGCGAUUGUGGGACGGUGCAGGAAUGUAAGAAUCCGUGUUGUAACCCAUCGACAUGUCGCCUGACAUUUGGGUCUCUAUGCGCUCAUGGACGGUGCUGUGAAAACUGCAAGUUCAGAUCAGCAGGGAGCUUGUGCAGGAGGCCGGCUGGUGAGUGUGACCUGCCCGAGUACUGCACAGGGACAUCAGAGGCGUGUCCUGAUGACAGUUUUGUGAUGAAUGGAAAACCCUGCUCCGACCAGGGCCCCGGAUACUGCUAUGACGGCCAGUGCCCCACACACCAGCAGCACUGUUGGAGGCUGUUUGGGGAAGGUGCUAAAGUUGCAGAUGAUGCCUGUUUUUACCUGAAUAGGCAGGGCCAGGAGGGGGCUAACUGUGGUAAUAACACAUAUGGAUACACCCCCUGUACCUCAAGUAAUCUAAAAUGUGGAUCUAUAUUUUGUGAAGAGGGAGGCGACUCUAUCACCGGGAAAAGGGCAGUGUUUACUGUGCGAUAUUUCAUUAAAUGUAACAUCGUUGUGGAGGAUGACAAGUCCAGAAAUAUUGACAUGGUCCCAAAUGGCACCAAGUGUGGACCAAAUAAGGUUUGCUUAGACAACAAAUGCCAGGAUAUAGCAGUGUAUGGCACCUCUGAUGAUUGCUCCAAGAAAUGCAGUAACCAUGGGGUGUGUAAUCACAAAAGAGAGUGCCACUGUGACCCAGGCUGGGCUCCUCCACUCUGCAAUAUUCAAUAUGCAGACUUACCUCAAGGUCAGAUGGCUGUGAUCGCUGGAGUGUGCACAGCAGUCUUCAUCAUCCUCCUCAUCAUCGCUCUGGUCACAGGUCUCAUCUGCUGCCAAAGAGACAGGUCCAAAAACUACCUCUCCAAAAGCAAGAGGAAAGUGCACUCUGCAUUGGAGAAGCAGACUCCCCUGUUUGACAAACCUAAACCCAGACCUGAGAUCAGCCAGCCCACCCUGAUGGAGUCCACCGCUGCUCAAAUUUGUACUCCUCACUUUGUGUCAGUGCCUCCGAGCCGACCGGCCCCUCUGCCUCCUAAGAAAUCUCCUCCAGAGCCCCCUACCUCUCAAAGUGAAGUGACCAAACCCCUACCUCCAGUGAAGCCUUUGCCUCCUUUGAGUAAAACAGAGUUCAAAGUGAAGCCCAGCCCCCCUCCAGUUCCUCCAGGAAAACCACGGCCCCCAGUUGUCCAGAAGAAGACCAAAAAAAACAGUGAUAGUUUUGUAGCAGCACAAACCCAACACUCAUCCUCACUGUCUGUGGGGAAAAGGACUCCUAUCAAAGCUGCUGGUGCAGAUUGUGAUAACAUUUGUUAGGCUCAAAUUGUGUUUGCACUUUGUAUGACGUAGAGCAUAACAUUGCUUGUUUCUAUUUUUUUAGUCUUUUAAAUAUUUAUUACGUAGUUUUGCUGUGUUAAAGCCAGUUUGUGCCUUCUUAGGGAUAUUUUGUAUUACUUAGCAGUCUACUUGAAGAGUGAAUGGUACAUAAUUGUAUGGACUGUGUAUGUUCUGUUCAUUUUCCAGCCCUGACAUGUGAGCCCUCAGGGGAGCUGUGUUUUUACUGCGAUUCAUUGUUUGUUUAAAAUCAUUCACAGGGUCCAGACCUGGGAGGAGGAUCUUUAAAUCUUCCUAAUCGCUCAGCGAGCCUCAGUGAUGGGUGCUAUUUGUUUGGGACAGUCCCGCUCCAGUGGUCAUGUGUUACAUAUGACUGAAUACAUUCUCUGUUUAAAGGUUAUUUUAAACCUAAUGAAGCCUCAUGAGAGGGCCUUUUGUCUCAACAAAUAAAGUGCACUUUAUUUCCGACCCAUA